AUGGCCGACGUCGCCGCUGAAAAGGGGGAGCUUGCCCACGAUGAGGAGUUGAAUUAUGUCGGGACGCUGUCGCCGGAGGAGUUGGCGAUCGAGAAGAAGUUGCGCCGGCGCAUUGACGGCAUCGUUAUGCCGUUGGUUAUUCUCGUUUACCUGAUGAAUUAUAUUGAUCGAAACAAUUAUGCGGCAGCAAAGCUCCAGGGAAUGCCAGAGGACGUCGGCCUGGUCGGCGACCAGUACCAAACCGGCCUCUCGAUUCUCUUUGUGGGUUAUAUUCUCAUGCAGGUCCCUUCCAACCUACUCCUCAACUAUAUGGGCCGUCCGUCGCUUUACCUCGGUUUCUUUAUCGUUGCCUGGGGCCUCGUAUCAGCCCUGACCAGCCAGGUCACCAACUAUGGCGGAGUCGUCGCUUGUCGUUUUAUUCUCGGUUUGGUCGAAGCACCCUUCUUCGCCGGCGUGCUGUUUUAUCUGUCUAAGUGGUACACAAAGAAGGAGUUGGCCCUCCGAAUGAGUAUUUUCUACUCUGGCUCCCUGCUUAGCGGUGCCUUUGGGAACCUCAUCGCGGCUGGUAUCCUUAACGGUUUGGCGGGCGAACGUGGCAUAUCCGCCUGGCAAUGGCUGUAUAUCAUCGAAGGUGCCAUCACCGUCUUUAUCGGCCUAGUCGUGUGCGUCGUCCUCCCAGACUUCCCCGAGAACUGGCGCUUGCUCCCCGAAGAAAUGAAGCACGUCGCAACGAAGCGUCUCGCCAUCGAAGCCGCCCAAGCAGACAUCGACUCCGGCGGCGGCAUGAGCCAAGUUAAAGGUCUGAAAAUGGCUUUCAGCGACAUCAAAACCUACGCCCUUGCCAUCGCUUACAUGGCCAUCACUGGAGCCAGCGGUUUCCAAAACUUCUUCCCAACCCUCACCGAAACUCUCGGAUACGGCGAAACCAUCUCCCUCCUCCUCGUCGCACCCCCCUACAUCUUCAUGGUCUUCUACUCCAUGACCCACUCCUACCUCUCCGACCGCUUCCAAAACCGCUUCUGGUUCUUCGUCUACCCAAUCCCCAUCACAAUCGUCGGCUUCGUCAUUUUCAUGACCACAGACGGAUUCGGACCCCGCUACUUCUCCUUCUUCCUCAUGAUCUUCGUCUUCGCCCAAAACGGCACCGUUUACUCCUGGGUCGCGGGUGCUAUCCCCCGUCCGCCCGCAAAGCGCGCCGCAGCCUAUGCCUUCAUCAACAGUAUCGGUAACUCCGCCUCCAUCUGGACCCCGUAUACCUACCGCGAAGUAGACGAGCCCUACUACCGCCCCGCCAUGGGCGUCUGCAUUGCCCUCCAGAUCCUCGGCGCCGUCAUGGCUGUGUUCAUGUACUUCCACCUCAAGUCCCUGAAUAAGCGCCAGGAGCGCUUCGAGGAUGUCUCUGCCAUCCUUACGGAUAAGGAGGUCAACACGUUGCAGAAGAUUGCAGACCGCGAGGGUAUUGAUGUUCCUGCUGCGCGUCUCCUGCAGAGUGGGUUCCGUUAUGUGCUUUAA